AUGGCCAAGAUCCUACAGGUAUGCAAAUUAAUUGUUUGGGAUGAAUGCACAAUGGCCCAUAAGAGGUCACUGGAGGCACUGGACAGAACGUUGAAAGAUCUUCGUGACAACCAAAAUAUUUUCGGUGGGGCCAUGAUUCUGUUGUCAGGUGAUUUUCGUCAGACUCUUCCAGUUAUUCCCAGAUCAACUGUUGCUGAUGAACUAAAUGCAUGCCUAAAAUCAUCAAAUUUGUGGCAGUACGUAAAGACACUCCACUUAACAACUAACAUGCGAGUAUUUUUGCAACAAGAUGAAACUGCUAAUGUGUUUGCGAAGCAGUUGUUAGACAUUGGAAAUAAUAAAGUUGCAGUGGACACCUCGACCGGAUUCAUCACAUUACCUACAGAUUUCUGUCACAUCACAGACUCAAAAGUGGAGCUUAUUCAGCGAGUUUUCCCAGAUAUAGCGCAAAAGUUCAAUAACCAUAAUUGGCUGGGUGAACGAGCAAUAUUAGCAGCGAAAAAUGAUGAUGUAGAGGAUCUUAAUGCGACCAUUCAGAAUUUUCUUCCAGGACAGUUGGUUUCCUUCAAAUCAGUCGACACCGUAAUGAACCAGGAUGACGUAAUCAACUAUCCCACUGAGUUUUUAAAUUCACUGGAAUUGCCUGGAUUACCACCUCACAAUUUGCAGUUAAAAGUAGGAUCAGUUGUCAUCAUGCUGCGUAACAUUAAUCAACCUCGACUAUGCAAUGGAACAAGACUGGCUGUGAAAAGACUGAUGAAUGACUGA